AUGUCCUCGAAGAAAAGUGCCAAAACCGUAACGAUCCAGUUACGACCUGUGUACCGUGGAAGAACUUCCUAUGAGGAGGAGCAGGCAGCAGGUCCAUCUGGGCAAAGAAUAUCCCCCACUGGACCACCAGUCAAAUCAAUUGCAAGUAAAUCGCGCUAUAAAAUCUAUGAAAUACCACGCAAAUCGGAAUUUUCCGAAUAUCUCGAACGGAUCAGACGUGAGCAGGAGGCACGACAGGCACAGAAUGCGACACAUCGAACCUUAGCCGUACAGACGCACGAUCAAGAUGCGGGCCCAAGUCAGCGGCUGGAAGCUCAGCAGAAUCUGCUCUCUUUCGACAAACCAAUCACCGUCUUACGACAGGGAAGUAUAGUCGAGUAUCGGGAAAAGGAACGUCACCCAUUCAAAGAGCUUGUCAGUAACUACCUUCGGCGAAGUUCACAUCCAAAGGAAGCGAUUCGUCUGUAUAAGAUACCGAUCGUACAAAGCUGGGAGCAAGCGAUCGAAAAUUCGCUAAGAAAGAUGGCAGCGGAACGGUCAAGCCGGGGAGAGCAGUGGAAGCAGUCGCGGUUGAAGUGGUUGGAGGAUUUGGAAGAAGCAAACAGCAAACUUCCGCAACCGAACAGAACCGUUAGCAUGGAGAAGGGUUUCGAUCCAUCGAUAUGCUGUUUUCUUAUGUGGUGUCGACGCAAUUAA